UCAAUUUACACACAAUUUAUAUUUAUGAAGUUUUGCUUUGUAAAGAUUUAUAAUAAAAAUUGAACGGUUUUAAAUAAUAAUUCUUUGAUAGCAAUUCAUACAGACACGUUUUCUUUCAGGAAUUUAUUAAUUGUUAUUGCAGGAUGGUUGGAGCUUUAGGAAUUGGAAUUAUCUUUGGACUACUCUUUUCAGAUAUAACCGCACGGAAUGAGUGCACCAAUUGCAAGUGUUGUAACCACAAUAGCUGCUUUUGGGGUGGCACAUGCACAUGGGGAUGCAAAGACGGGUACUGGGGCAAUAAAUGCUACAAGGAGUGCCAUAACAACAUGUGUGUUCAAUGCGACAGAAACACGGGAUUGAUAUGUAGCAAAUGUGUUGAAGGAUACUACGGAUCAAACUGUGAACACAGUUGUCAACCAGGACACUAUGUAUAUUAUAAUAAAGAAUGCCGUGGGUGUGGAUUUUCUGGAUGUACAUGCAACUCUCACUUGGACUGUGAUGGUUGCUUAGAAGGUUAUUAUGCUAAUCAGAAAUACCCUUUCUGUCUAGAAUGUCCAACAAACUGUAAACAGUGUACUGCAUGGUGUAUGGCAUAUGAAGACGGAUACUAUCCGAACGAAAAUGGUGAGUGUAUCAACUGCAGCGUUAGGUGCUUGGAUGGGCAUUGCGAUUCAGUUUCGGGCAAAUGCAAAGAAGGUUGCUCUCAGGGGUUUUGGGGUAAACUUUGCAACCAAAAAUGCAACGCGUCCUGUAACAAAUGCAACCGAUUUAAUGGUGAGUGCUUGGAAUGUGCAUCCAAUCGGAAAUAUGGACCGAAUUGUGACAUGAAUUGCACUGGGACCUGCGUUGACAAAGAAUGCUAUGUAUCUGGGAAAUGUACCAACGGAUGUUUAGAAGACAACUUUGGAGAAAUGUGUGAACAUGAAUGCGAUCACAAUUGUAUCAAAAGUGGCCAUGGAACAAGAUGUUCAGCUAAAAGUGGAAAAUGCCUACACGGUUGCACUUCUGGCUACACUGCAGCUGUGUGUCUAAAGGAUCCAGAAGAGACCUCUAGUGGCUCACGGGUAGGCGCUAUAGGUGGAACUGUUGGAGGCAGCGUAAUACUCUCUAUUGCCAUAAUUGCCGUCAUCGCAUUCAUUGCUCUAAGAAAAAGAUAUGGUAACAAAGAAACGUCAACGUUUAAGACCGAUCAAAAUGACGAGGAGCACGUCGAUUCAUCGUAUGUCUAUGCAACUGUUAAUAAAAACAGAGCUGCUCAACCCGAUGUUAUUUAUGCCACCACAAGUGACGGUUCAACACAGAAAGUCGUGGUUUCCAAUCUUUAUUGCAAAAAUACUCCAGAGAAGAAAGCUAGAACAAAAAUGAUUGAAAUAGAGGACAAUCUUGAAAUUGACGACGAGGACGCUAUUGCACGGGAAAAUGUUAUUAGGUUUGAAGAGGAUGGAGGAGUGUAUUAUAACAACGCAAAUGAGGUUAACAAGACCAAAGUUAAAGUUGAGGAGUUUCCUGCGUAUGUCACUGAAAAAACAAACUGCUCCUAUGAGGAAGAAUUUAAGAAAUUUCCAUACGGUCUUACAAAAUCGUACGAAGAUUCACAAAAAGCGAUCAAUAUGUCACGAAACAGAUAUAAAGGAAUUUACCCUUAUGACGAUUCAAGAGUGAAGGUUUGGUACAAUGGAUCUGAUUACAUAAACGCAAGCUUUAUCGAUGGUUACAAAAGAAGAAAUGAAUACAUCGCAACUUUAGGUCCGAUGUCAAAACAACUUGGAGACUUUGGAUUGUUUUGGGAAGUUGUCUGGCAGCAGAAAGUUGAAAAAGUCGUCAUGGUUACCAAUUUAAUUGAAGAAGAGAAAGAGAAAUGUGAGCAAUAUUGGCCAGAUGUGGGAUCGUCUGCCCGUUAUGGAAACGUAAACGUCACGUGUCUGUCUGAAGAUGAGUACGCUGAAUUCACAAGACGAACAUUUCAAAUAUAUCAGAAUUCCGAAGAGAAAAAACUUCAGCAGUUUCAUUUCACGUGCUGGCCUGACAGAGGUGUACCUGAGGAUAUUCCCUCUCUGAUAGAGUUCCGAAAAAUGGUCCUGAACUCUUCGGGAAAGCUUAAUGGUCCAACAUUGGUCCACUGCAGUGCGGGCGUGGGGCGAACGGGCACCUAUAUUGCUCUCGACAUUUUGACGAAGGAAGGAGAAGCGGAAGGGAGCAUUGACGUCGCCGGAUGUGUACUUAACAUGCGUAGGAACAGGCCCAACAUGAUCCAAACACUGGAACAGUAUCAGUUUCUCCACAGAGCUCUUGUUCAUUCUUUGACGUUGGACUAUAACCCGGUGAAAGGGAGAUGUUAUCAACAAUUUGUGGACAACAUGAGUCACAAUGAUAAGGCUAAAUUGUUUAAGCAAACCCAGGAAGAAUCUCAAGCGAUCGAAAGAAACAAAAACCUCAAGGGCAAAAACAGAGCAAACGCCGCCAUUCAAGUCCCAGUUUUAAUUCUGCUAUGAGAGUGUUCUAACGUACAUGGAGUGUUUUGAAUACAACAUGAACUCACACUUUUGAGAAACACAUACGGAUACAAUGAGUGUGUUCUUGCGGACAUCAAGUCUUUUUAAAUACAACAUGUAUUCAACCUCGUAAAAGGACAAUAAGAUACCAAAACUUCGCUUUACCGGACAUCAAGUCUUUAAGAUACCACAUGUAUUCAACUUCGUAAAAGGACAAUAAGAUACCACAAGUGUGCUCUCGCGGACAUCAGGUCUUUUCAGUAGAGAAUGUACUCAAUUUCGGGACAGCACAUUAAGGUAGCAUGAGUGCAAAACACAUUCUAUGGAUACAAUAUGUAUUCCAAAUUUCGAGAAAGACACUUUUAAUACUAGUGUGUUCUAGCGUACAUCAAGUCUUUAUUUAUAUGUAUUGUACUGAAUCUUUUGGGUGUUUCAUGUUUCUUGUUUGUGAUGUUUUGUUUUUAUGUGGUUUAUGUUUAAACUGUUGGAUACUGAGCUUGUUCCCGUAGUUUUUCACGUAAAUGUUUCAAUCAUUAACUUGUGUUUUCAUAUCCUGUAUUCCGAAUGUUGUAGGGAGGAAGACUCUCAAAGUAUUUUAUGGUACACCAGAUCUGUCAUAACCAAUAUGAUUUCCGAUUGUGUCUUUAUGCGUACCCAUGUCCGUAGAGCUCCAGCUUUGGUAAAAAGCAUUAAGAAUUUGAUAAAAUAAUAAGCAUCUUUUAUCAUGAGUUUUCAUAUGUCGUUUAGUAAAUGAUUGUUGUCCGUUUGUUCGACAGAAAACGUUCCUUGUAUAUAUACUACAUAUUUCUUUUAAAUGUACAGUGUAAGUAAUAUUCUGACGAAAUUGUAGAUCGACUGCAAAUAAUAUGUUUACAGCUUUGAGAGUUGUAUUCAAAGUUAUUCCUAAGAUGUUUUAUACCUAUUCCAAUAUCCCCCUUCUCCAAAUAUUUAUUUUGGGAUACAUACGAAGUGUCUCUUGUAAGGUACACCAAAACUGUUCUAAGCAAUAUAUUUUCAUGUGUUGUCACUUUAAUGUUCAUAGUGUAUCCAUAUUCACAGAGCUUUAACUUUGUAGAAGGGUAGUAAGUUUUUGAUGAAUUGUCAAGCUUUUUAUAUCGUUUGUAUCAAUAUGUUGUUAGCAUUUAGCGAAUGAUUUUUAUUAUUUGUUUAGUAUAAAGUCAACACAUUACUUAUUGGAGAUAUAGUUUUAUUCGUAUUACAUAUUUUUAAAUAAACAUUAUUGAAGUUG